AUGAAGUAUGUGAAGCCAUUGAGGUUAUUGGGCGAUGCGUUGAAGACAAAAGUGUCAGUCCCUGGGCGGUUUCUCGGGUUAGAUGUUGGUGAUAAGUAUGUUGGAUUAGCUAUUUCAGAUCCUUCAAAUAUGAUUGCAAAUCCAUUGAGUGUUCUGCUUAGGAAGAAAACAAACAUUGACUUAAUGGCCACAGAUUUUCAGAACCUGGUCAAAGCAUUUUCUGUGUCAGGCUUAGUCGUUGGUUAUCCAUUUGGCAAACUAAACAACGUAGAGGACGUUGUCACUGUGAAUCGUUUCAUUGAGGAACUUCGUAAAACCGAAAGACUCAAGGAUGUGGAGUACACAUAUUGGGACGAGCGGUUAUCAUCAAAGUCCGUUGAGAUGAUGUUGAAGCCCUUGAAUCUGCAUCCAGUUCAAGAGAAGACAAUGUCGGACAAGUUUGCCGCCGUAGUUAUACUUCAGGAGUACUUAGAUUACGCAAACAGGUAUGUGAACACUGAGCCAGCAGAGUAG